GUCGUGAAAAGGAAGGUGUUCAAGAUCGCUCGCAGCGGGCUGUAGAACGACGGAUUCCCCUCGUAACCCGUAUGCUUCGUGGCGCGCGGCCAAGAGCGCGUCAAGUGACGCCGAGCGAGGUCAUCGCGAUGGCACUUGCCUGAUUGAACCGCCUUCCGUUUCUGCCACGCCUCCCAGUCUCUGGGAAUUUACGCCCUACCCUUCAUAUAAGACUCGGGGGCACUCAGCGAGCACCGCCUGUGUAUUUGCUAGCGACCGCCAUGAUCGAACGAAACCGCCUGAAACUGCUCAUCCGUAGCUAUGCGGCCGACUGGAUCGUGACGAUCUUCUUAGGACUUAUAUUCCUAGUUUUGGAAACCAUACCGGGUUUCAAACGACAGUUCUCCCUCGAGGACCGAACAUUGUAUCAUCCGUAUGCUGUUCACGAACGAGUACCGCCAAUUGCAUUGUACAUGCUCUGCGGAGUUGCUCCGUUCGUCUUGCAGCUUAUCCUGAAUUAUUUCACCGUGCGUUCCUGGUGGGACGUCCACAACAGCACGCUUGGGCUGGUCCUGAGCCUUGCUCUAGCUGCGGCCAUUACAGAAUUCACCAAGGUCACCGUAGGCCGGCCCCGACCUGACCUUAUUUCUCGAUGUAUCCCUAGAUCGGGCGCAGUUGACCCCACAUACGGCCUAUCCGAUGCGAGCAUCUGCACGCAGACGGAUCACUACAUGAUGGAGGACGGGUGGAGAAGCUUCCCCAGUGGGCACUCAAGCUUGUCUUUUGCAGGACUGGGUUUCCUGGCGUUCUACGUUGCGGGCAAGCUCCACCUGUUCGACAAGAGGGGAUGCGCCCCAAAAGCGUGGGCCGCUCUUACACCGCUCUCUGCCGCGGCGUUGAUCGCCAUAUCUCGUACCAUGGACUAUCGACACCACGCGACCGACGUGCUCACCGGCUCGCUCCUCGGGUUCGUCGCUGCCUACUUCUCCUACCGGCAAUACUACCCCAGCCUCGCCUCCCCGUAUGCCCACCGCCCGUACUCGCCGCGCAUCCCACGCGAGGACCGCCUGCCCAUGCACGCGCGCGAGGUGCAGCUUGCGGAGCAGUACACGGACACGGAGACCGAGAGGGAGCUCGCGGCGGAGACGAUCAGGAGGGACGAGGAGGGGAGGGUGUUGUGGAAGGACGACGACGGGGCGGAGAGGGUGAGCUUGAGAGACAACGUGUCAUGAGCGGAAUCAAAGCGAGAAGUGUAAAGAUAUCGAACGGCGGACGUAUUUAUGGCAUAUUAUUUAUACUCA